AUGGGACAAUGCAAAUCCGUGGGAAUCGCCAGUAUUCUUGUACGCUCAAGUUCAAGGAGCAAUCGAUUCUCGAUAGAAAUCCCCACCAGAUGUAACUGGAAAAAAGCCGCAAUGGUAUUUGGUAAAUGGGAUGAUAGUCUUUGCUAUGUUGCUGGUAAUGGGGUCAACAAGGCAAGUGCUUCAUUACUGUGGAAAGCGAUAAAGCCGCCUCCUAAUGUCACUAGAUACAACUUAACAUCAUUCUCGAUCACUCUAAAUGAAUUGACACCUGGUUUAGAGGAGAAGCUCCCUCCGACAGAUUCUAGGCUCAGACCAGAUCAACGGCACUUGGAGAAUGGUGAAUAUGAGAUGGCAAAUGAAGAGAAACAACGAUUAGAGAGAAGGCAAAGAAUGUCACGGAAGAUUCAAAAAGCGGAUGGAGACCAAGAUGGUUCGAACCACAAGAAAACAGCGAAGGCUACAAGUAUACAGGCGGUUAUUGGGAAGCACGAGAAGAAAAAAGUUGGGAUGAUUGCCCUGACAUAUUCGGGGAGUUCACCGAAGAGAUUGCAGAUUGUGCUUAAGGCUAUCUCUGCUUCAUUUCAGGGUUAA